AUGGUUAACUUGCGUGUCCAAAGGCGUCUGGCUUCGUCGGUCCUCGGUGUGGGCAAGCGUAAGAUCUGGCUUGACCCAGCUGAGCAGACUGACAUCGCGAAUGCUAACUCGCGUGCUAACAUUCGCAAGCUGAUCAAGGAUGGUCAAAUCAUCCAGAAGCCAGUUGUGUCGCAUUCGCGUGAGCGCACGCGUAACCUGCACCACGCUAAGCGUCUUGGUCGUCACACUGGUUACGGUAAGCGCAAGGGUACUGCUGAGGCCCGUUUCCCUACAAAGGUUCAAUGGAUGCGCCGUCAGCGUGUGUUGCGCCGCCUGCUGCGGAAGUACCGCGAGGCUGGUAAGAUUGACAAGCACCUUUACCAUGACCUGUACCUUAAGUCGAAGGGUAACGUGUUCAAGAACAAGCGUGUUUUGAUGGAACACAUUCACAAGGCUAAGGCUGAGAAGCUCCGGUCGAAGCACUUGGCAGACCAGAUGGAGGCUCGCCGUCUUCGCAACAAGACCCUGCGCGAGCGCCGUGCCCAGCGGGUCGCCGAGAAGCGGGCUGCCAUUCUUGCCGUCGAACACGAGGGCGAGGAGAAGCAGUAA